AUGCAGGAUAGUGGCAUUCAGCUGUUGGCUCCUUGUGCCUUCUCCCUUUUAAAAUAUGGCCCAAGUGGCUACCACAAACGGCACAGUGAUCUCAUUUCUCCUCUCAUUUGGGCCAGGAUAACGAUUUCUUUAUUUUUCAACACAUCCGAAAUCUCUGCUUUUAAUGGCCGGGCAGCAUUUGAAGGCUUUGGUGAGCUUGUUGAAGUUAAAAUAAUAAUGGACAAAAUUUCUAAAAGGUCCAAAGGUUAUGCAUUCAUAGAAUACACCACGGAGGAAGCUGCUAGUGCAGCACUCAGAGAGAUGAAUGGCAAGAUCAUUAAUGGCUGGAUGAUAGUUGUUGAUGUUGCCAAGACUAGCCCUCCAAGAUACAGCAGGAGUCAGAGCAGACCAGCAACCAGAUGAAAGAGAGAGAAGGUUAUAGAGAGAUUUGUCACUAAGAAUUGAAUUAUUUUGUGCCCAGCAUCCUAAAUAU